AUGUGGCUGCCCAAGUUCGUGCUUUAUGGAUUCGUGGUUGUUUGGGUUUGUGCCGACCAGGAUGUGCAACUGGAGAUUUCUCAAGGGAUCUUGAAGGGAUUGAAGACUGAAACUGUUCUGCAUAACAAGCCGUAUUAUAGUUUUAAGGGCAUUCCUUAUGCAAAACCGAAUGUUGGUGCUGACAAGUUUCGAGCACCAGAGCCAGCCGAUGGAUGGGAAGGCGUAUACGAUGCAACCAAACAUCGUUCUCCGUGUCCAUUUUAUUGCAUAAUCAAGAAGGGCCUGAUCGGUGGGGAAGAUUGUCUCUAUCUGAAUGUUUACACACCUGUUCUGGAUAAGGAAGCUCGUAAAGCUGUUAUGGUAUGGAUCCAUCCUGGGUUUUGGAACGGCGGUAUGGGAGACGAUGUUUUGUUUGGACCUGAUUUUUUGGUGGAGAACGACGUGGUGAUUGUUACCUUCAAUUAUCGGCUUGGAGCGCUAGGAUUUUUGAACACUGGAGAUAAAAGCGCGCCAGGAAAUGCUGGAAUGAAAGACCAAGUUAUGGCGUUGAAAUGGGUGAAGGAUAAUAUACAUUUCUUCGGUGGUUGCCCGAGUAGAGUUACUAUUUUUGGCAAUAGCGCUGGUGCAGCUUCCGCUCAGUAUCACAUGUUAUCUCCUAUGUCCGAAGGUUUAUUCAAUGGCGUUAUACAACAAAGCGGAACGAUACUUAAUCCAUGGGCGAUAAGUUACAAUCCGAGAGAUUUAGCCUUCAUGUUAGGUGAAAAUCUUGGAAUUCGCACUACGGAUUCUGAGGAAUUGGUUAAAAGGUUAAGCGAGUUUCACGUUAAAGAUAUUAUCACAGCUAGUAACGAAAUAAUGGACUCUCAGGACCAUCUGUCGGGACGCAUGUUCGCUUUUGUUCCAUCUGUUGAAGUCGACCUGGGACAGGACGUGUUCCUUCCAACCGAUCCUUGGACCCUGUUAAAAACUGGAAGGAUCGUAGACGUGCCUGUAAUGUCUGGAAUUACCGUCGAUGAAUGUGCAUUUUACGUUCAAAUGGUGAUAGAUGGCAUCGAAUUAUUGAACACGGAGCCGGAGAAAUUUUUACCAGUGGAUUUGAAUAUCACUGAUCCAAAUACGAAGAAAGAAAUGGGACAGUGCUUGAAGAAAUUUUAUUUCGGAGAGAAGCAAGUGUCGAAAGAGAACUUGCACGAAUAUAUCGCGAUGUUGAGCGAUACUUUCUUUAAUGCUGGUGAGUUGCUAUCGACGGAUAUCUUGAAAAAUCGAAUUUCGGCUCCUAUUUAUGAAUAUCUAUUUUCCUACGAGGCGCCAAUUGGCUUCAUGAAAAGUCUAUUUGGUGUUAGCGAUGGAGUUGCAAAUGCUGACGACGUGGGAUAUCUAUUCUACUCUAAUGCUUUUAAAAAUUUACCGGAACCAGGUUCCUCAGCGGAAAAAAUGGCGAAUAUUUUAACCAAAUUAUGGACGAAUUUCGCAAAAGAUGGAAAUCCAACCUCGAAAUUUGACACAGAUAUCUCAGUAAAGUGGGAACCAGUGGAAAUCGAUGAUAGUUACCUUAAUAUUAAUCAAGAAUUAAAACUGGAGAAGAACCUGAUGAAAGCUAAGUACGAUUACUGGAAAAAUAAGUACAAAGACGUCAUGCCAUAA